AUGCAUGCCCGCAAUCAUGUCGUUGUCAAUGAUCCGCUGCACAAUAACAGUCAAGAACUGGUCAUAAUUAGACCAGUCGCCGUUAUCACCAGGCCACGUCUUACUUUCAUCUGUAAAGUCGGUGCCCCAGAGGUCAUGGAGCAGCAACUGGAACUUGCCACCGUACUUGCGAGCAGUACGGUAAUUGCUCAAAGUAGACUGCCAGCGUUGCUCCAUCUCACCCCAAGACCAACCGCGAUUUGGCGCACCCAUUUGGGCUCCGCCGGCUCGGAACCAGUGAAGGCCAGCUUCAGUAUAAAAUUUGUCGGGGAUCUGGCCUGGCUGGUCCGGGAUACCGUAAAUGACGAAGUCAAGGCCAAGAAUCUUAUCAACCACUGGGUGACAUAUCUUAGCACGCACAACUGGACCCUGCACACGAAUUACCUGCCUGGAGAAUUCGAAAAGGUCCCAGGAGAGAAGGAUCCAGGAGACACGACUGCCCCGCCCUACAGGUACAAGAACAUUCGCUCGUACGAGAACGGCAAGGAGGGCGGGCCAAGCAGAUACCUCGGCCCCGAGAGUUUCCUGCUGCUCCCAUGUGAGCUGUACUCACUGAAGCACUGCGCCGAGUCGCUCUCGGUGCGUAAUAAUAUUGCGCCUUGGAUCAACGCAUCGUUCCCCAUCGGGUUCAACAUCUCGUACCACAUUUUACCUCCGGUCGUGGCGGCAGCACGGGAUGGCCUGCGAUAUGUGCUGGACCACCUCGAAUUCGAGAAGCAAUACCGGAUCGAGCUCAUCCCUGGAUGGGAAAAGGGCGACCUCAAGGGCAAGCUGUCACUGAGUAUACCCGAGAGCAAGAAGGCGGCGAUACUGGAUGCGUUUGAGAAGUCGGUCUACGAAAUGCGGGAUCCUCUAUUCAGAGACCCGACCUCGAUUGGUUCCCGAGGAAGCCCUCUCUACCCCAAUGCCAUACGUAACCGGGUGCCGUUCUUCCCAGACGAUCUACGAGUGCUCCCACUCAACGAGAUCCUUCAAGAUCUCCUGGCGCAGGUCAUGCCAUGGUUCCAAGACGACCUGCUCUUUGAGUACCUCGCUUUCCAGCUGACCUUUGAUCCCAGAAUCACAAACAAGUUAGGAUUGGUGGUCCUUUCAGGUGCCAGUGUCCCGGGACUCUACUUUGGGUGGAAGGAUGGCACGGCACCCACGGAAGCCCCAGACGCAUCCUUGGCCGGAUACAUUUUCUGGAGCAUGCUCAUGGAGCUGGAAACGAAACCCAUUCUGAAUUGUCUCUUGCGGCCUCUGGCGGCGAGCCACUACGGCGCGCUCAAGGCAGCGCAGAAUCCAAACGGCCUGUGGGCAGCCGUGUGCGAAGACCGGGCUGCGAUCGACACCGCCCUCCAGAACUUCCUCAACCUGGGCGCGCCAUCGUUCGACUCGAAGCCCUAUGCUUGGAAAUCCCUCAUCCGCAACACCAUUCUAAGCGCCAUCGACGAGUUUAAGAAGACCGGCAAAUACUACGUCAUGGUAACCGAUGCGGCUGGGGCAGUAGUCCAAGAUCUUAUGGAUACUUCCGUGGUUUUCAUAUGCAACAUCUGGAAGGCCGGCGAGCAAACAUUAUCCACGCUGCACAAGUUGGCCGGGCAGGUGGAGCAGUGGUGGUGGAUACCGGGUCAAGGAGGUCUACAGAGGGGGGAUAAAAGUCAUGAUGUGGGGCCAAUUAAAACGCGUCUCCUCUACUGUGUAUAA